AGAUCUUUCUGUGGGAACGGAAUGUGGUCUGCCUAUCAUAUAUUCAAAGAAACUGAGAUGAAUAUCCAAAAAGCUACCAUUUUUCUACUGAUAGUCCUCGUGGCAGCAGACUUUGGAGCUGCUCAGAAAGACGAGAAAGUAGAGGUGGAAGCGAAACCUUCCAAAACAACAAKGGGAGCMCUUGGUCAAGGUUUUGAGCUUCACAAAAUUGAUCUUCUGAGYAAAGAGUUACAAGCAACAGGAUCAAAGAUUUUCGAGGAYCUACCAGCUGAUGAAUGCACCAUUAAUAACAAACUUGGCACGAUACAAAGAGAUGACUCCUUCUAYAGCAACACCGAGUCCCUCUACAGAUCCGUUGCUACCAGCUCUAAGGUYGAACCGGRUCUCCAAGGUCCGUAUACUCUCGGAGCAUCUGUGGAAGCUGUUACAAACAACGCCGUAUCAAAAAGUAGCGAGGUCUCUGGACUAUCACUAAACCUYCAAGCAUUCAGYAUGGUCCAUGCACUCAAGAAAGAAUGUAUUAACAGYAAACCCUUAUCUAAAGAACUAGUAAAAGACUUCGAAGCUCUCGACAAGGAAAUCAAAAGCCCAUGGUUGAAGCAAUCGUGGAGAAAAUAUAAGGUGUUCUUGGGAAAGUAUGGAUCGCACAUUGUAAAAGAGACGCUAUCAGGCUCCAGCAUCUAUCAGUAUGUCUUUGCAAAAUCUAGUAAAAACAUAAGUCAGCGUAACUUCACUAUCAAAGCAUGUCUGUCACUGGGUGGUCCAUCGCAAGUGGGAAAACUAGGAAUUUCGGCAUGCUCAGACAUUUCUAAAAAAGAAAUUGAGGAAUCGUCAGGGACAUCAACGACCAAAAAGUUGGUAGUMAGAGGAGGCAAAGCAGAUACAAGAGUGGAUUUGACUGGUGAGCUUACUAAAGAACAGAUUAACAAGUUUCUGAAAGAAGCUGCAACCGACCCAUCACCUAUCCAGUACGCCUUUGAGCCUAUUUGGAAAAUUAUCGAAAACAGGUACAGUGGAAAAGAUGAACAUUACGCCAAAGCACUGAACUUAGAGCAGUUCUACAAAGGUUACCUUCAUUUUGGAUGCUCUUAUGAACGAUCGCCUAAAGACCAAGAACUCCAGAAGUUUGACCUUAGUGAGUUCAGCGACCCUGAAGCACCAACAUACGUUUGCAAACUUGGCCCGCAAGGAUGUCACAGUGACGAMGACUGCGAAAGCGACGACGUGUUCUAUUGCGCAUGCUGUGGUAAGUCAUGCAUACGAUACAAUGAAACAAGGCUAGCAAGUUCUGGAACGACCAARAAAGUGGCCUUCAUAAACGAUAAAGACGACGAAUGGCGGAACCAAGGUUGUAACAGGGAUGGCGGCCUUACCUGCAAAUGCACUGAGGAAAAUAAAAAGUGGGGCGAAAGUUGGUCAGGUGACAAGUUUAGUGAUGCACCGCGAAGCCCAGUAAAAAGAUAUCGCAUCAAAAAGGAAAAAUCACUCUGUGUUGAUGCAUGAUGAUACUGUGAAUUAAAAUUGGACAAGGAAUGAAAUAGAAAAUAAACGGAGUUUCAAAGUGAAAUCCCGAAUUACCUAUCUCUUCAAUUUUGGUGCCCGACGAGUCUGAAAAACAAUGGCGGAUUCACAGUUCUUUUUCUUUUCUUGUUUCUUUUGUUUUUAUCCCUUUUUGACGAACUUCCGAAAUGGCGGUAGGUUAAGAGGUUAAGAA